AUGAUGGAUCGAACAAAGGAGUGGGGAUUGAGCCUCCUUCGACAAUGGGCGGCAGACGACACCGUCUUCAACGCCUUCGAAAGGCCAUCGCCCAGCGAGGAGGACGCACAACGGCCAAGCAAUGGACACCUGAACGAUCGAAGCGGAGUGCGCCGCCGAGAGCAAGCGAGGGCGACGGUGGUCCCCUGCAAGGGGAGCAGCACCACGGCGAGGGCUUCUUCUGCGUGCACGGGAGGACUCGGACACGGCGGGGGAGACUUACGAUUGACUGCAACCCCUCGGGAGCGGGAGUUGUCCUUGGCGUUGGAGGCGACGCCCUCUGUUGGCGAGGAGGUCGCGGUCGACCUCUUCACGCCAGGUGGGGAGAUUGCGUGCGUGCAGAAGGGGCGGAUGCAGUCGCGGGCACGGACGGCCUUUUGUUCUCGCUGUGCACCUUUCGGGGGGGGGAGAAGAACGGCAUCAUGUAGGGUCGUGAAGAACUAUCUCAGUAGGAGCUGCUCGUUAUUGUCGUUUGCCUUAUUCCGGGAAUGUUCUUCUGCUGUCACCAAGCAACGGAGCAGGGCCCAGUGGACGGCUCUGUACCGCGGCCGAUCACGCGGUAAACUGCACGUGGACGGGCUGGAACCUUGCCGCCGGUAUCGCUUUCGAUCACGCCUCUCGACGCCGAUGGGAGCAGGAAGGCGGGGGGGGUCGUGGAGGCACGCCUCCUUCUGUACUCUUCCGGAACGACCUCCUGCGCCCGUAGCGGCGGGCUGGUUACCGGGCGGGCCGGCCCUGUCGGCAGAGACACCCUGCCUCGGCGACGACCUCGAUACGAGCGGUGGAAAUUCCUGCCUGAGGCGGCUGUCGAUACUGAGCGGAGGCGAUGCUCGUGGAAAGAACGGGUUUAAGAAUCUCCGGCUCAAGAUGGGAGAAGAACGGAUUUCGACCUGUGGACGACCCGAAGGCAUCCCUUUAGCGUCUGAGACCGCGACGCGGAAAAAGACGGAAGGACGUUGGCCGUUGGUGAGCUACUGUGAAUCGAAUGCUCCUCCCCCCGUGAACAUGUUCAUGGGGUGUAUCCUACGUCUCAAGUUGCUCGCAGAAGAUUUCACGGGAGAUUUCGCUCGGUGUAUCGCCAGAAUGGCCAGGAAUUAG